UAAUUUAAUUGCUCCUGGUUUGGGAUGGUUGUGCUUCGAGGGAGGAACGUUGAAACUCCACUAGACCAAAAAAGAAGUGAGAAUGCAUCAUAUCUUGUAAAAGAAACUAUAGAGGAAGAUUUUGAAGAAGCUUCGAGUCAAGGUGAUAGUAGCAGUAGCGUUCAUGAGAGUCAAUCUGAGGAUUCGGAGAACAACGAAGCUCAGGAAAACGAGACUUCAGAUGUCAACGGUUAUUCCCCUCCGUCUUCGAAGAAAAGAAAAAUAGGAAAUAUUUCCGAAAGUAAUAGCUCGAAUGAUAUUGUUACACUCGAGAAUUUCGAGAACAGAUCUUCAAAUUUGUUUGUAAAACUUCAACGCGGAAUAGAUGGCGUGAAUGCUUUGUUAAGAACUCUCUUCGAGGAGAUAUCUCUCGGGAAAGAAACUGAUAUCCUGAAAGACCUUUAUUCUUUGAUUUAUAGAACUGCAUUCUUUCCAAACGCAUCGAAUUGGCCAGAAGCUCUGCAAAAGAAACUAAGUGAGUUCCUAGCUAACUGGGACAUGAGCGAUGCUUCUCUUGAAAAGAUGUUGAUGACAUUUGAUGAAAACAUACUUUCAGCUCGACUUUGUUUGACUUUAAAGGAUAAGGCGUCCAAAAGAUUCAGGUCACGUUAUGAGGCCUUUUGGAAGAAUCUUGCAAAAAUAGCACCGCGAAGUUUAAUCCAUAAUCAAAGUUUCUUUAACUGUCUUGUCGAUCAAUUGUCUUUGUUCACAUCGUCGAACUUCAGAAAUCUCCGAUUCGUCGCAGCUCUGUCUUGCUUUUCUUUGAGUAAUGGCUUUAUUAGCUCCGAGGAGUCAGCUAAGAGUGAACAUUCUCUUUUUAAGACUCAUGAAGCCAAAUCCAGUUCUAAACAACGCACGAGUGUCUCCUCUUCAGAAAAGGCAACUAAUUUAACUAGUAUUGCAGAAUAUUUGGAUAAAAUAUUCAACAAAGUCUUUGUCUUACGCUAUCGUGACGUUGCACCUGAAAUAAGAGCUCUUUCUAUUAGUUACCUGGGUGAAUGGAUAUUGAACCUUCCAAGAAGCUUCCUUGAUGAUCGUUUUCUUAAAUAUGUCGGAUGGAUGCUAAAUGACAAAGCAAGUGAAGUUCGAAUGAGUUCUGUUCAUGUUGUUGCGAACUUGCUGAGAAUACAGGAAAAUUGGCCCAGGAUGCAGUUGUUUUUACGUCGAUUUAGGUCUCGAAUCUGUGAAAUGACUCAAGAUAAAGACAUCCAAGUUGCUCAACAUGCUGUUCAAGUCAUGGAACUUAUGAUGCAAGUUGGAAGCCUAACUGAUGAGGAAAAGAACAUAUUGUUUAAAAUUGUCGCAACUGAGACUCGAAAGCCAGUACAAGAAGCUGCGCAGAGCAUUACCAAUCAAAUCGUGAAAGAUUUGACGAGUCAUGAUGUUAGUAAUAUCGAUUCUGCUACUCGUAAUGAGUCUUCUGAAACACUCAUUCGAUUGGCUCGAUUAUUUUCCGACGAGAAAUUACGGAAUACGUUCCUAUCUAAUUGUAUUGAGAGCCUGUGUAAGGAAAUUUCGGUUUUACAAGAUUGGGAAGCGUAUUUCACCAUCUUGCGGUCAGAACAAAAUGAUUUUUAUUCUUACGAAGAAAAAUCAAUUGUUACGAAGAUUCUUCUUGAACUCGCUCAAAAUUUGUCUUCUAAGAUGGCCUCUGUUUCGUCUUCUUUCCAUAACAAAUCCAAACGCAUAAGGCGUCAACAAACUAAUGAAACCUCGAAAUUCCAGCAACUUUGUCGCAGUAUUCUGAACAAUAUCAUUUCAUGUUUAACUUAUAACCAAGCGGACCCUGUGUUAUUGACUUUCGUGGUUCCACUUAUUCGACAAGUUGAUGAGGAUACGUAUCGUCUGUAUUGUAUACCAGAGUCCAUCCGUGACAUUGCAACUAAACUCAAAGAGCUAAUUGAGCGACAUUCAUCAUCCUUUCUGCUACUAUCGGAAUGUCUGCUUUCACUAAGACAUUUGACCCAAUUUUCGGAUUACUCGUUUAAGAAAGAGGCCGAAGAAGUUUUUAGCCAACUGAGUAAUGAAAUAGUUUCAUCCCUUCGUGACCUUGCCUCAGCUUUUGAUACAUACAGUCAUCAACGUCACGAAUCAACUCGAAAAAUUUCGACGAUAGCAAUUUCUUCAACAUUGCUGAAAGCUCUUGCUUUUAUAACAUAUGGCUCCGAAAUUCAAGAAGGUGGUUUGGAAAUUGUUUUAGAAAUGUGUCAAAAUGCAGAAACUCUGAUCUCUUUCUUAGAAUCAGAAAGCUGCGUUUUGUCCUUCUUGAGACUUGCACAUUUUUGUAGUAUCCAGAGUUGGCAUCGGUCUGGAAAAGAAAGUUGCUCGAUAAAUGAAAGCGACUGUUACCAUUUUGAGAAAAACAUGGCUCAGUUGUUUAAACUUCAAGAUUGUGUAUGUCAGGACAUGUUGUUCAUAGAUCAAUCUUGCAACAAGCUUCUGUUAUAUAUCAACGUGAUCAGUUGUUUGCAACUAUUUUUCUUCGUGAAGAGUCGUACAUCUAAGGAUAAUUCUUCAAACGAUAGGCUUUGGGGGUCUGUUUUAACGAGUUUAUCAGAGAAAUGUUCCAUCUUUUUUAUCGAAAAUGUGAGAGACUUCACUGGAAGCAAUGCUUCGAAGCCAUUGGUUCAGAAGACAAUUUUUGAAGGAAGUGAGGAUAUUGGAAUGUUUCAUUUUUUUCGUUGCUAUGCACAGGUUAGCGAAUUUGAAGACUUUCCUUCGCCCUUUCGAUGCCUAUCCUUUUCUCUUUUAGCCAUCACAGAUCCAAAUAUUCAGAGUAUUGGGAAGCGCUGGUUAAAGCGAGCCAACCAUGAAGAUAUUGCUAGAGGACUACUUGAAUAUCUUAGACACUUUCCUUCUGAAGUGAAGCAGCUAAAGACUAUUUCUAGUGAGCUCAGCCAUAGAUUUAUUCGUAUUGAUCAACUCCAAGAGUUGGCAUCAUUUAUUUCUUUCUUCCUCAGUUUGUCAUUGAACAUCGAUGAGAAUUAUAAAGUUGCUGUGGAUUCUGUGAAAAAUGCUACUGACCAUAUCCUGAUUCCUCUUGCUCGUAAGUUGUCUGUGAAAUAUGCGGAGCGAUGCUAUGAAGAAAUUUUAACUAAAUUUCCACAGCUGCAGACAGCACAAGAAGACAGAUAUUCGUUUGUUCUUCUUUUAGAUACUAUUCGUGAAAUUUCCACUCGACGAAAUGAUGAACGAAGAACAUCGGUACAAAGAAGUGACAUUCAUUCUAUGGGAGAUGAAAAAAACUUGUCAAUGGAAAAAAGAGAGUCUAUUUGAAUCAUUUUAUUUCAUGAGUAACAUAAAAGACGGAAAGCGUAA